GCAAGAGGUAAGCCAGUUCUGUGGCGGCAAGCAUUUCUUUUAGGUUAUUCCAGACCUUCGCAUUUUUAAAUUUAGUGAAUGAUAAUAUUCAAAAUCAGAAGAAAUAAAAAUGGAUAUCUUCCCAAGAGGCGGUAGAAAGAUUCAUACAAUAAAACGAAAGGCAAAAAAUGACACGCUUUUUGGAAAUGUGCCGAAAAAAGAAAAGAAAGAAAAAGUCGACAAAAAUACCAUACAAAUUUCUGAGGAAAACCAAGUAACACAUAUUAAAAUGCUUUCGAGACAAACAAUUUUGGAAGGCAUGUCGUUAUUAGCAUGCAUCAAAAAAAUUACUGAAAAUGCUUUAGAAGUAGAGUUACCUGGAUUAAUCACUGGAAAAGUAAUGAUUGAUUCAAUAUCUGACACACUUGUUAAAACAUUGAAAAAGGCAUUAUCUAAUGGCUCAAAAAUAACUUCAGUAUGCGAUGUAUUGAAAACUUUUUUUCAUUGUGGGCAAUUUGUUCCUUUGAAAAUUAAAACAAUUCAAACUAAAGAUGAAAACUGUGUCAUUCUUGGAAGUAUAUCUCCUAAAGAUGUGAACAGUGAUAGACUUCAUAAUUCUUUCAAGAAGGGGGAAUUAAUUUGGGCUACAGUUAUAUCAGAACUUGACCAUGGAUAUCAACUAGAAUGUGGUGUUACAAAUUGCAGAAUAUUUCUUCCAAAUCAGCAUUUAGAAGAAGGUGCAAAACUAGAAAUUGGACAACCAAUCUGGUGCAAAGUGCAUCGAGUCGAUACUGAUAAUGCUGCUUCUAUUCUAAGAGUGGGAACUAAGAGGCAACAUAUUGAUUCAAUUCUUACUGAUGAUACUAUUCCAUUGAGUUCGAUCUUACCUGGAACAAAGGUGGAGGUAUAUGUUGAAAAGGUGGUCAAAAAUGGAAUACACUGUAAAUUCUUGGAGAACUAUACUGGUUUCAUUCAUGAAUCACAAUUAGAUCCAGUAAUGCGAAACUUAAAUACCAUUAAGGAAUCUACAGUGAUGUGUGCAUAUCUUCUAUAUGUGGAAAACAUUUCUAAAAUCGCCCAUUUGAGUAUGAGAAGCUUGGCUUCAAUCUAUGAAUUGGUAUUUGAAAGAGGCAGUAAAGUAUCUGCAGAGGUUAUAGGAAGAAAUGAAGUUGGUGUUUAUUUCAAACUCAAUAAAAAGGAAAAAGGUUGGGUAUCUAACAAACGUAUUUUGAGCACUUCGAGAACCAAUUCUAAUAGUGACAAUUUCAUAAAAGAUAAAUUUCCUAAAGGCAGCAAACACCAGUGUGUUGUUUUGGGCUAUAAUCAUAUGGACCGUGUGUACAUAUGUGGUAUAGAAAAAGACCUUCUAAAGGAAAAAUAUUUUUCCUCCAAGGAUUUGAAGGUGGGUGAUCUGGUUGAAGGAACAAUACAAGAGAUUAAGAAAAAUGGCAUUAUUCUGUCUGUUGGUCGAGUAAAGGGUUUCAUCCCAAAUAUUCAUUUGACAGAUGUUUUAUAUUCUGAAUAUUUGAAGAAAAAAUUUGUGGUUGGUAAAAAGAUGCAAGCAAGAGUUUACUCAUCAAACGAGAAGAGUGUUAUUUUCACAUCAAAGCCAUCUUUCCUUAAAGAAGAUAAAUUUUUCCAUGAUUUGAAAACAGUCCAAUUGAAUCAAAUAUAUCCAGCCCUUGUAUUGAAAGCUAAAGCCCAUGGAUUGGUUUUAUCUUUUUUUAAUAAUAUUGAAGGAUAUGUUCCUUUCAAAGAGUACAACUUUCAAAUAACACAAGAAUAUAGGGACAAUCCUUCUGCUUUCUUCUACUCUGGGCAAGUGAUUAAAGCACGAGUUAUAGCGGUGAAAACCGAUAAAAUAGUAGCAUCCCUUAAAUUAGAAGGCAGUUCCACUAUAGCUGAUGAAAUAGGAAAAACUGUAAAAGGCAUUGUUACAAACAAAUUGGACAAUGGGCUGACAGUCUUUAUUAGUAAGUUGAAUACAGAGGGCUUUGUUCCAGUGGAACAUUUGAGCAUUGAUUCAACACUUUGCCGUGCAAUGUUAGAUUCAAUUAAAGAAAAUGAUAAGAUUUCUGACCUUAUGGUAAUAAAAGCUAAUGAGACUGGAAUCGUUUUAUCAAGAAGAGAAGCUAUAGCUUAUGAAAGAUGCGAUUUUAAGGUUCCAAAAUUCCAAAAUAUUAAGAAAAACACAAUUCUUAGAUGUUCAGUUGAAUCAGUUGAGGAAAAUGGUAUAUUUGUAUCUUCACCUAUAAAAAAUUUCAAAAAGAAUAUCUUUGUUCCAAAUAAGUACAUUACCCGAGAAAAAACAAUUCCAAGAUUUGAAAUUCAGCAGGGUGUUUUGGCCAGGGUGAUCCAGAUUGAUCGAACAAAUGAAACUAUUCAACUUAGUUUGAAACGCGAAAAUGUUUUCGAUAAAAAUAUUCAAAAUUCAACAAGUUUAUUCAUUGAAUAUUUGGCAGAUGAAGAAUACUUGAGAAAAUAUGGAUCACAAAAUGGUUGGCCCAUAAAUGAAUAUAAUUUGUGUGAACGAGUACUGUGUACUGUAAUGCAAUCUACUGAUAAGGGAUGUCUAGUAGAGUUACCAAAUGGCUGUAAGGGAUUGGUUGUUCCAUCUUUGUCGAUGCAUGUGAAGAAAGGUGAAAAAGUUGAAGGGAUGGUUUUGGGCUACAAUUAUCAAAUGGAUUAUGUCGAAAUUUGUUUGAACCAAACCAUCAUGAAAAUGAUAAAUUCAAAGCAGGAUGGAGUUAUACCAGAAAGUGAACCAUAUUUCACAGUGAAUAAACUACUCACCAGAGAGCAAUACAUUCUGGCUGUCACUCGUAAAUCUGCUAAUAGGCAGUUGGUGUAUUUACCAUUGAGGUUAUGUGAAAACGAUUCUGAUACCAACCUUAAAAAAUAUUAUGAAACUGAUUCAUUCAAAGUAGAUAUAUGCGGGAGAUAUGGGGAAAAAUUGAUAGGUUUCCAUCGAAAAUUGAAAUUUUCCUUGGAUUACUCAUUUAUAUUGAAAAAUACCAAUUGGUCUGAAUUAGACUCCUCACUUAUCAGUGAUGAAAUCAGUUCUGUCAAUGAACCUAUGGAAGGAAAUGAACUAACCUGUGAAGAUGUUGUGGAAAGUAAUGAUUAUGAUGAUACAAUGGAAAAAAAUGAUGAUGAAUCAAUUUCUGAGGAAGAUGAUGAUGUUGAAAUGGAAGAUUUGAGUGAUACAAAUAAAGAUUCUGGAGUAUAUUCUAAUUCGCUGAAUGGAAAAUCGACUAAUGAAAGUGAAGAAGAGUCUGAAGCAGAUGAAUUGAACAAUGAAGAGGCAGGAAAUGUUGAAAAUGAAAAGAAUAAGGUCCGAUUCGUUGGGGAAGAACUGCGACAGUAUAAAGAGCAGGACCAAAUAAAUUGUCCUCUCAGUGUAUUAUCGUCUAUUUCAAAUUUCUUCUCUACCGAGACAAAAAAAAUCAAUGAGGCUGAGUCAUCUUCAGAUGAUGAAGAAGAAGGAGAAGAGGAAAAUCUUAGUAAGAAGAAGUUAUCUGGAAGAAAAACAAAACAAAAUAAAUUAGAGCAAAAUAAAAAUGUAGACACAAUUAUGGACCCAACACAAGAAGUUGAAAGUAGUGAGCAGUAUGAAAAACUGUUGAUGAACAAUCCAAAUUCAUCUACGCUGUGGUUAAAAUACAUAGCUUUCUGCUUAUCGGUACAAGAAUUUGAAAAAGCUAGGAGCAUUGGAAGAAGAGCCUUAGCAUCUAUAAAUAUGACCUGUGAAGAUGAUAAAUUCAAUAUUUGGAUGACAUUAUUGAGUAUAGAAAAUUUAUAUGGAACAAAGGAAUCCUUCGAAAAUGUGUUGGAGGAGGCUGUUAAACAGAAUGAUGCUUUCAAGGUCUACAAGAGAGUUACAGAACUUCUUCUCAAAAGUGGUAAACAUGUUGAAUUAGAGGAGAAAAUAAGAAAAAUGAAAACGAAAUUCAAAAAUGAACCUUCGAUGUGGGUUCACAUUGCUGAGAUAUAUUAUCUUAUGGGAAAUUUCAAAGAAGCUAGAAAUAUAAAGAAUUUAUGCCUUAAGUCAAUUACUAUCAAGAAAGAACAGUACAACCUUAUAUUGAAAUUUGCAAUAAUGGAAUUCACCCAUGGGGAGAUUGAAACUGGUAUACUUAUAAUGGAAAGUGUACUCCUAACUUAUCAUAAUAAAAUAGGAGCUUGGUUGGUUUAUAUUGACCAACUAAUUAGUAAAAACCUAUACAAAGAGGCAAGGGAUGUUCUAAACAGGGCCAUUUCUCUUUCCCUUCCUCUAAAAUCAACCAAAGUUAUAUACCAUAAAUAUAGAACAUUUGAAGAAAAAUAUGGAACACCAGAAACACUUGCUGCCUUCAAAGAAAAGGCAAAACGUAUUUUACAAGAAAAGAUACAAGUUGUGUCCUGAUGAGAUUAAUAUUUAAGAUAUAUGUAAAUAUGUGAUACUUUCGUUAUUGUAGAUGUUGCGUUUUAUAUAAAUAAAUACUUAAAUAUUAUCGAA